AUGCCGAUGCUUGAAGUUAUCGAGGCGGCGGAUUGCUGCAACUGGCGCCGGUCGAUUCGGGAAGCUAAUGGCACACAUUCGUCAUUGAGCAGUUUUCUGCGAUACGCAGAAAUUCAAAACCUGUCCCCCGAAUCGACAUACCACGUCGGUACGUUAUACGAAUACACGACCCUCGAAGCGCUCCAGACAGCAGCGCGAAUGCAACUCGAACGAUGCGGCGGUGCGGGCGACCUCGGCAUCGACCUGCGCGGAACAAUGCGCCUGGCCUCGGCUGAGACGAAGACAAUACCGGUGGUCGUGCAGUGCAAGUCGGAGAAGAAGAAGCCGGGGUCGCGACACAUCCGCGAGCUUGAGGGAGCGUCGGCAAACUCGAGCGCAAACACGCUCGCUGUGCUGGCUGCGAGAUUGCCUGUUACCGAUGCAGCGAAGCGGGCGAUGCUGUCGUCUGCUCGACCGAUGUCGUUCUGUUUGGUGACUAGUUAUGACGAGGGUGGGCGCAUACAGCAGAUGAUUUGGAAUGCUGCGGCAGAGAAACUCCUGAGCGGGCUUACUGUCGUGCAGAUAACUCAGAAGCCAAAGAAGGCCAGGGGAAAAAAAUCGUUGACUGAAUCUGAGGGAUCAAAUCUACCAUCUAUCGCACUUAUUCCUGUUAAUCGGUGA